AUGAGCGUUGGGUAUCCAAGCUUUUCAGGAUUUGUGGAUUACUCCAGUCUCAAAGAUUUAGUUGAUUCAGAAUACGCUGAUAUCGUUCUUGAAUUCCUUUGCAAAGUUAGCGCUGAUCUUCCAGAAUCUAUUAAGGAUAGGGUCAACACAGAAUUAAUUAAGCAGCUGGAAGAGUUAGACUGGGAGCAUCUUGAUUCUUAUGAUAUACUUGAAUGAGGCACAGAAGAUCAGUCUCACACUCUAUUGUCUUGGCUGAUAACUUUCAGUAUAAGAUAUAAAAUAGAGUCAAUUGCGAGCUUAAUAAAUAAUGAAAAAUUUAAAUAUUUCUUGGACUCACUGAUCCAAGAAAAAAAUGAUUUUUUGAGGGCAGAUCUUUAUUUACUUAUUAUUUGUAGCUUGGCUGCAUAUAAUACCAACCUAUUUAAUCAAUAUUGAAAUAUCAACAGCGGCAAUUGAGUCCGUUUACUUGCCCAAAAAAUUUAUUCAAGACAAGCUUUGGUAUGUUUGAUGGAAAUCCUAACAAAUGAUAAAUGCCUAUGUAUAACUCAAUUAAAAGAAGAUGGUACUUUUUUCCAAAACAUUUGAAAUUUCAUGUUUUACGGUGGGAAUGAUUAUGUUGAAUCUCUCUUUUUAAAAUUGUGCUCUCAGUCAAUUCAAUUUACAGUUCUUUGCUUUAAUAAAUUAAUUGACCUCUAUUCUACUAAUUCAGAAGAUAAAAUCAUUUUUGUGCUCGGUUUGUACGAAACAUUAAUGAUUUAUGAAAAUAUAGGGAGCUCACUUUAUUAUCCAAAUUUUGCCCAAAUUGUUGAUCUAUUGUUUUCAAAGGAGAAAACAUGCGAAUAUUUAAUUAGUUUUGUUGACAAUCAACUAAAGUCUCAAUUAUAUAUGAGUGACUUUUUAAAAAUUUACUUUUCGAGUCUCUCUCAUGGAGCUGCUGGAAGAGGAAAUGAAGAAAUUGUAACAAAGCAAAUGAUAAUAUAUACUUUAGCGAACAAUGCCAGAGAAGGCGCAAAUGAAAGAGAGCUAUUAAUAAGUGAUUAUAUAAUCUAUUUGAUGGAUUAUUUGGCAGAAAAUACAUUCACACAUGAAGAGAUAGGAAAUUACCUUAAUUCAAUUAAGCAAAUUAUUCGUUACAUCCCAAGUUUGUAUGAAUAUAUAAUACAAUUAGCAUCAGAAAAGCUAAAAAAAGCAAAUGAUCAUCGCCAUACAUAUUUGUUUGCAGAAAUAGCUGAUAUAGCUUUAAAUAAGGACAUUAGAAUUCCAAAAAAAAUAUUAGAAAUUUUCCAACACAUAACUGCAUAUCUCGAAAACGAUAAAGAAUUAAGUGGCAGAGACGCUUUUAAUAACGCCAUAGCUUACUACACAGACAAUCAGAUUGAAGAUAUUGAUCCUUUUAAAGUUAGGCAUGACCAGCUAAAUGAUGCAACAAAAAUAGAGUUCUGAAUUCGCUCAGUAUUAAUCAAAAGAGGUGUUCCAACUAUAUCCAAUUCGCCUUUAUUUUGUAUCCCAUUUCACGACCAUUUUUAUCAUGAAUCUUCAGCAAGGCUUUCAUGAUAUAUUUUAACUCUAGCUAACUCUUAUGCUGCUAAUAUGAUUGGAAGCGUCAGCGAACCUGUUUCUUCAUCUGAUAAAGAUCUUUUCUUAUCGCUUGUGAAAUCUACAGUGGCGCGCGCCGCUUUUAGAGAAUAUGGGUAUGAUCUUAGAAGUGCUGCAGGAUUUGAAGAAAAACAUUUUAUCUAG